UUAUUCCAAAAAGAAUUUCAGCUGUAAUUACUUUUUAACGAAUUUAAAGUAGGUGGAAAAUUUCUUAAUCUGUGUAAAAGAAGGCGUAUCGUCGCAAUGAAAAUUUAUCUAAACAUCCUAACAUCUCUGGCGACUCCAGGUGUAAAUAUUUUGGUGUGGGAGUUGACAGUGGGUGGUGGAGGUAUAGGAUGGAGAGGUGAUAGUUUCGCCCAGCGUGGGUGAAAGGAUUUUUUUUGUAGUUAUGUGUAAUUCAUUUUCUAGAUUAGGGGUGUGUUGUGUAAUGAAAAUCUUGUGAUAGACACGUUCUGUUUACCAAUGGAGAUGACAUCCAUGGACGAAAAUAAUUGUGCUCCCACGGAAGUCUCAAUCGAGGCGUUAAGCGACAAAGUGAAACAACUCUUUACAUUCAGAGACCAUUAUUUUGAGAACCAUUCUAUAGAUGAUGCAUCACGGAAGAAUAAAGAUGUAACUGACAAAAUGAAAGAAACAGUAAAUAUACUUGAAAGGCUGAAAGAUCCUGCAUCAAAAGCUAACAAAGCAAUGUACUGUUACCUCAGGGGGAGGGCUCUGAAUGUCACACCUCAGUUUAAUGCUGAGGCUGAGGAAAUGUUGUCGAAAGCACUGAAACUCGACCCAAAAUUUGUAGAUGCGUGGAAUGAACUGGGAGAGUGUUACUGGAAGAAAGACGAUAUUACAGCUGCCAAAAAUUGUUUUACUACAGCUCUGUCACAUAAAAAGAAUAAAAUAUCCCUUAGAAAUUUGUCCAUGGUUUUGCGUCAGGAGCCUUCCAAGACACCCCAGGAGAGAAUUAAGAAUAUUGAGGAGGGUCUAAACAAAGCAAGAGAAGCUGUACAACUGGAUCCGAAUGAUGGACAGUCUUGGACAAUUCUUGGAAAUUCUUAUCUUUCAUCGUAUUUUACUAUUUCACAGAAUCCAAAAAUUUUAAAGCAAUGCAUGUCAGCAUACUUUCAAGCAGAGAAGGACAUCACUGCCAGUAGCAGUCCAGAACUACACUACAACAAAGCCAUUGCAUAUAAAUAUGAAGAAGAAUAUAAUUUGGCCUUGGAAUCAUUCUCUAAAGCACAAUCUUUAGAGCCCACCUGGGAUGACCCUAGACUGAAAGAAAGACAACUGUUAAAAUAUUUGGAGAAUGUCCAAGAUUUAGUAAAACAUAAAGGGAAGCUGAAGGGCAAGAAAUACUCACAAUUAGUGCAAUCAAUUGAUGAGAAACAGCUGGGUCCAUAUUAUGGAGGCAGUUAUACGUCUUCCAAAGGGGAAUCCAUUGAGCUACAAUGUAUACCAUUUAGUAAUCUGCAAGAAGGUCUGAAUGAAAAUAAAGUAAUUUUUGGAAAAGUGGUCUGCAGUAUACAAGAUGAAGAUGCAGUGCCAUUCACAUUUUGUAUGGUUGACAAAGUGGAGACUUGCAUUGCUGUAACUGUUUACAACUUUGCUAAGGGAAAAGGAGUUAUAAUUGGAGAUUCAGUUGCUAUACCUGAACCCUACCUGACAAAAGUCAGUGUUGAAACUAAAGAUGCAAAAUACUUUUAUAAUUCUGUGAGAGUAAACAGUCCCCUCGUACUGGUUGUGAACGGCAAGAAGAUGGGAAUUAACCAACAAGCGAGUGCUCAACUUUCGACAUAUAAGAAGAAAGACUAAAUUAUGUUGUUGUGAAGACUGUGAUAACACAUUCCUACAGCUGCAGUUGUAGUUCUUUAAUUUAUUAACAGUGUUUAUUGAUUAAAACAUUAAUACUGCAAACUGCAGAUGUUUGAGAUGAAAUGUUUUAUGAUCCGUCUUUCAUAUUGUGAGUGACUGGAAACUAACUUUGGAAUAAGUAUUUGUUAACAAUCCCUUUUUAAUAUCGGUAGAAGCAAUAACUAGCAGAAAACAUAGACCUGAACAGAGUGAUAUCCAAUCAUACAACUUUCCUUCCAUCUUUUCCCCUAUGAUGAAUCUGAUCUCAUAUUUGCAACCACAUGAAUCAACACAGGAAAAAAGCAGAUUCUUCUUUUACAAAAUGAUGUUAUGUGCUAUUGAACAGUUUUAUAAUUGUAUUUCCUUUCAUGUUGUAAGAUGUGUAAAACGGAGAUGUAAUUUAAUCCUAAGUAAAUCUUCAGUAUUUUUAUUUAUGUACAACCACAGAGUUAAAUAGGAGGAACUGGUAUAGUGAAAUUAUUUUUUCAAACA